CAAAAAGAAAAGCCCAUUUCUUUAAACCAACCCCAAAUCGCAACUGAUUUGGCUUCUUCUCUGUCCUCUCCUCGACUCUCUCGCAGCAAGUCAAGCUCAGUAGCUCACACAAACUCUCUCUCUCUCUCCCUCUCCACGGUGAUUCAUUGACGACAAUUGGUUGGGAAAUUUUAGUUUGUAUAUAUUUGUCUGGAGUAUUAGUAUGGCUGGCACAGCAUGUUUUAUGAUUGUUAGUAGGAAUGACAUUCCCAUAUAUGAAGCUGAAGUCGGCGCUGCAAUCAAAAAAGAAGAUGCUGCACAUCAACACCAGUUCAUAUUACAUGCAGCGUUGGAUAUUGUCCAGGACCUUGCAUGGACAACAAGUGCCAUGUUCUUGAAAGCAAUUGACAGAUUCAAUGAUAUGGUGGUAUCAGUAUAUGUUACUGCAGGUCAUACGCGAUUGAUGCUGCUCCAUGACUCUCGUAAUGAUGAUGGAAUCAAAAGCUUCUUCCAAGAGGUCCAUGAGCUAUAUAUAAAGAUUCUUCUCAAUCCCCUCUACUUGCCUGGUUCUCGCAUUACGUCAUCUCAUUUUGAUACAAAAGUUCGAGCCCUUGCAAGAAAGUAUCUGUAAGGCCAUUUCUCACCUCCUAGGGUAAGCACUUGCUAGGGAGAUGCUAUGACGGUACAAGGUUCGGAGUUCUCCAAAUUUUCAUUCAAUGCCCUUUUGAGUUGAUCUUCAACUGCUUAGUUUUUUGUUCUUUUUUUGUCAAUGCAUAUGAUGACAGUUUGCCUGCUGAUGACUUGUCUUUGUUGUCAAAUAUUAAGCUUGUACUUGUAAAGCUCUACUUGGCCAUUUUAAUGUCAUAUUCAGUUUUAUUCAAUGAAAGAAUAUACCUUGGAAGGCUCUGGAUGUUAAUAA